UCCCCCUUCCGUGAUACUUUAUUUUUAUUGCAGAUGACAACCACUGCCGUGUUCUUCUGUGGGCAACUCGGAGCACUUUCAAUCAUUCUAAAUCUGUUUGUGAUCUCGGCUCUUCUCAGAAAUCGUCGUCGAGUGCUGACGAACGUCUUCUACGUGAUCGUGUUGCACUGCGCCGUGCUGGACGUUGCUCGUGGCCUGUGCCUUAUCGUCUACGGCAUGCCCUACUUCGCCAACUCCUUCUACAAUAUCAACCUCUCCAUAUCCACCAAGGUGACCCUGUUUCGAGCGUCAACGUUCGCACUGGUGGCGCUGCGAAUUUGCAACAUGUUGACGAUUUUCAACUUGCUCAUUUUCACUGCUAACGAGUUUAUAGUUAUCCGCUAUCCAUUACACUAUCGACGCUAUAUUCGACGGAAAGUUGUCAUAGCCGCACUCAGCUGCUGGUAA